GGUCAUCAAAAUGGCUUCCACUAGUUGGCCCGUCGGUGCGAGGGAUCGACUGCGGACUGAUGAGAGUGGCACGGCCGACACUGAGGAGAGGACCCCACUGUUGCCGUCUCGUCAGCCCACCCUCCUGACAAAGGACUUUGAAAGUUUGGAUUACGACAGAUGUUUCAACGAACCUUACGAGCUCCUCCUGAAAAGACAACAGCAAGAGCACUCCGACAACAAGAUUGAGGCUAUAAAAUGGAUUAUUACGUUUUUGGUUGGACUUUUGACUGGAAUGGUUGCCCUGUAUAUAGACAGCAUUGUCAAGCUCUUGUCUCACUGGAAGUUCAACACUAUCGAUGUGUCCAUACAGAAGUGUUCCAAAGAGGGGUGUCUGGUGGAGUCGCUGCUGUUCCUGCUGAUGUUCAAUGUGGGCUUUGUCAUCAUCGCCGCCUGUCUGACCGUGUAUGAGCCCGUCGCCGGGGGGUCUGGUAUACCUGAGAUCAAGUGUUAUCUGAAUGGCAUCAAGGUCCCGCGUGUCGCAAGGUUCGCCACACUUCUCGCCAAGUCCAUUGGAGUCCUCUUCAGUGUAGCAGGAGGUUUGUUUGUUGGCAAAGAAGGACCGAUGAUCCAUAGUGGCGCCAUCAUAGGAGCUGGCGUUCCACAGUUUCAGAGUCUGGCAUUUCGAAAGAUCAACAUUAGAAAAUAUGCGUUCUUCAGGACGGAUAGAGACAAGAGGGACUUUGUAUCGGGAGGAGCGGCGGCGGGUGUGGCAGCUGCUUUUGGAGCCCCCAUUGGAGGUGUUCUGUUUAGUUUGGAGGAAGGGUGUUCGUUCUGGAACCAGAAACUGACGUGGAGGACGUUCUUCUGCUCAAUGGCCGCCACGUUCUCUCUGAACUUCUUUCUGUCAGGACUUGACAGUAGAGACUGGGGGUACUUCUACCUACCGGGACUCAUCAACUUUGGAGAAUUCAAAUGCCAGAGCGAGGAAAGUGGAGGAUGCCACUUGUGGAACGCUGUCGACCUGCUCAUCUUCAUCGUGAUGGGUUUUGUUGGAGGACUUCUUGGUGCGCUCUUUAACGUCUUCAACAAAGCGUUGACUGUUCACAGAAUAAAAUAUUGUCACACCAAGCAUAAAAUAUUCAAAAUUCUUGAGGCUGUUUUGGUUGCUAUGGUAACAACAACGGUUGCAUUUACUGCCGCCAUGACCCUUGGGGAGUGCAGUCCUUUAACCGUUGAGGGCCAUCUGAAUGUAUCUCUAGAGGAGAAUGUGGAGACCACUGUCCGAACCUACUUCUGCGAGGACGGCUACUACAACGACAUGGCAACGUUGUUUUUUAACUCACAAGAAGUGGCAAUCAAACAGCUUUUCCAUCAAGCAGGAAGAUUCAGCAUGCCGUCCCUGUGGAUCUUCUUCGUCUGUUUCUUCAUGCUGGCGUGUUGGACAUACGGUGUCACUGUCCCGAGCGGGUUGUUCGUGCCGUGCUUGCUGUGUGGAGCCGCGUAUGGGAGAAUAGUAGGAAACUUACUCGAAAAUUAUAUAGGAUAUAAGACAAUCUACUCUGGAACAUUUGCUUUAAUCGGAGCUGCAUCGUUUCUUGGUGGCGUUGUCCGAAUGACCAUAAGCCUCACCGUUAUCUUGAUAGAGUCAACCAAUGAGAUCAGCUAUGGAAUGCCUCUCAUGAUAACACUUAUGGUUGCCAAGUGGUCGGGGGAUCUGUUCAACGAAGGCCUGUAUGACAUCCACAUCAAACUACGAGGGGUUCCGCUCCUUGAGUGGGAGGCACCAACAAGGUCAUACACAUUAAAAGCAAAAGAUGUUAUGAGCAAAAAGUUGUCAGUCAUUUUCCCACAUACGAGAGUGUCAACAUUGAUAAGAAUUCUCAAAACAACUGUUUACAACGCCUUACCCGUCGUGACGAUUCCUCGACCGUCUGACAAAAUACAUAUAGAGUCCGACAUUGAACAAGAUGACAAGGGGGACUGCCUCCUCCAGCCUCAAGACGGGCACCGAGACAAUAUGUACGAGAUGGUGGGCAAAGUCAUUCCUAUGAAGUUUACUGGCAUCAUCCUGCGCUCUCAGCUGGUCAUGCUGUUGAAGAAGGGAGGGGCUUCACCUGGAGGAGAAGACCAGGAGACACCAUUCAGCUAUGAAGAGCUCACGGAGGAUUACCCAAGGUACCCGGAUGUGCAGGACCUCGACAUGUCGACUAUCAACCCUGAGGAUAUUCUGGACGUGCGCCGCUACAUGAACACCUGCCCCUACACAGUGUUCGCCGACACAGCCCUGCCUCAGGUGUUCAACUUGUUCAGAAGCAUGGGGUUACGCCACCUACCGGUCAUAAAUCACCAAGGAAAGCUUGUGGGGAUGAUAACACGACACAACCUCACUCACCACUACCUUGAGGAGGAGCUGCAUCGCCAAGGCAACAACCGCUGAGGAGAUGGGUGGAAGAUGAUUAUCAUUCAUAUCAGCCUCAGUAUCACCAUAAGAGCCUCAGUAUCACCAUAUGAGUAAACUGCUAUCCACAUUGAAUUCUUUGCCAUAUUACUGUUUGUCGGAACGUUAAAGUAUGGCACAUUUUUUAAUGAAUUAAAAAUGGACAGCAGUUUUGAAAAAGAACUCAUCUAAUGAUGAUAAUUCAACGUCAAAAUACUUCUGGUUUAGGCGCUGGUUCCGGUUGAAGGUAUCGGGCCCAUUAAAGAGAACAAUAUGCAAGCGGUCCAGAUGUCGUCAUCGGGUGUACCUGGCUUUGAAGCAGUGAAUCAUGGAGCAUUAAAUAACUUUAUUAGAUUGCAUAUUACCCAGUCAAAACACAUAUUAUGGAAAUGAUUAUUAUAAUUGUUCUAUGUU